AUGUGGACUUUCAAAUCUCAGCAAAGAUUCCAGGCAAAUGCCUUCGCAGCAACAUGGAACAAUUUCCUCGGUAGGUCCACGACCAAGAUGGAGGAUCUCCACCUAAUUCUAGGUGCGAUGCAGGACUUCAGAUCGGCCGCCAUCCGGGAUCUGCCUGUGAAAGAUAGAAUGAAAGCGAUUCUGAAGGGCCAUGCAAUGCUGCCUGUGGCCCUGCUCUACGCUCCUGGACCAAGGCUUCAAGACGAUAAUCCGUUGCAUCGAUGGGCUCCGGAGUUUCCUCAGAGCAACAAGCUGGACUGUAAUCUGGGAUACUUGAAAGUCUUCUCGGACUGCCUUCAAAUUGUGGGGCAUGGGCCUGCUCAUACGCAAAGCAGCGAGUCGAUAUGGAAACCGAUUCGGCAGCUACCCAACAGCAACUUGCUAGACAAGGUCUGUACAGCCGUCGUGGUACUCGUGAGUCGUUUCUUCGGCGUAGGACCUGCGGAGUCUCCUAGACAAAACCUAUGCUUGACUAUGCCCAAGUCUGAACAGUCCGACCGAUUCACCAUUAAUAUACAAACUCUGUCAGGCUAUGAACAGCUGUGGGUAGAGGCUUGUCCUUUGGAAGGAGUGUCACGCAUCACGGUGGAAGAUGGCAUGACUUGCAUCCUUUUCCCUAAUGUCUACGAUCUUCAUGGCCGUGCAAGCUGGUACCAAGCUGCUGGUGCCCGUUUUCGAGUCCGACAGUAUAAUGAGACGUCACUACAUCUUAUCUAUGACUGUCCGCUACAGAUAUAUGCCUACGAUAGAACGAAGAGCAGAAUACGGGAGAGUCAACAAGACCCGAGUUCUACCUUUCCUUUACUUCUAACAAAUCCAGUGGCGGCAAGCUGUCGAAUUUUUAUCGACUGUGAUCUCUCCACUUGGCCAUCCGCGCAUCAUUUCUUUGAGUCUCCAGAAGGUCCAUUGUGCGAGCAAGUCACAAUACAUAUGUACGGACUCGCCUACGUCUCAAUCCAAGCUAUCUGGCCCGUUUCAUUCAUUCUUGUCAUGGCCACAGCAUCUUCGCUACAUAUCCAGCGCCUCAUGGUAUUCUACUGCUACCUCGGAAAGGUCACCCUCACAUGUGUUGAGUGUCUAUGGUGGCGUGGGAUCUGGAAAGCGACAGAGCGACAAGUUUGGAGCGAGGAUUUUGGAUCAAACAGCCCGUCUGUACAUCGCCAUUACGACAUACUAAAUCAAAAUCCCUCUCUAUUGAUAGGGCUACGGCGAGCACUACUCAUGGUUGUGCUCAUGGCUAUCUUUCUGGCGGUGGGGUUCACGCGUCCGGCUGCGAAAUGGGCACGGUGGGCAGGGGUAAUGCUGGGAAUGGAGCUGGCCCAGAGACUAGUACUGCAUGUCGCUUGGUUCAAAUUACCAGAGACGGCAUUGGGAAGAAGGGUGCGCGAGCAAGUGCAAAGACGGUGGCUGGGACUGAAGGAGAAGCUGAGGAGGGUGCGAGAAGCGCACAUAAAUCAAGAAAUGGAGAGAGUGCCCUAUCGAGAAUCGUGGGACGUGGAUCUGCAAAAUUUCUUCGUCUUUGGAUAG